AUGCCUCCUCCGCCCUCUCCUCCCACAGCCUCAUCACUCUCUCCUCCGCUAAGGCCACAACAGGGCGGGCGGGCGCGGGCCUCUGAGGCCCCCCAUCUCGUUCUCCCGCUCCGGCAGCCCCUCGCCCUCCCGCAGCCGCCGUCACGCCCUCAGACGCGUGGGCUCGCGGGCGCCGGCUUCCCGGCGGGCGGCGGGGAGGGCGGGUCACUCCACCCUCUACCCGGCGUCUUCCGGAGCUCGCCCGGGGUCCGCGCCCACGGGCUGCACCGCCCCGCCACAGCCCCACGGGCCGGGAUCCCGUCGCCGUGCCCGAGAGGCGCGGCGGGCGCGGUGCUGAGCGCGGCGAAGCGCCACGGUGACGGGCAACAGGUUCUUGAGUUUUGUUUCCUUUUUGAGAAAACGUUGCCUUUCGCCGUAAAGCAGCGAGAGCCACACCCAAAAUGGACCCCGCCAUGGACCGGCGCUCUGUGGCUUUGCAGCCCUUUUCACGACACCCCGGGACCCCUUUACGGCCGCGCCCUGGGUGGAAACGUGAGCCACCCCUACCCGGCUACGGGUUGGAGUGGGGCGAAUGGGCAUCAGUGCUCGCUCAUUCCGCUUCCUAGUCGUGGCCUUUCCUUUGGGUUGGGUCUUGAGGACGUGGGUCUUAACUCUGAGUUGCAAAGGGAUGUUCCCGCAGCAGAGACCGAGUUACACCAAGCCCUGUAA